AUGUUCGAAAAGAAUUCGUUGACAUUAUUUGAUCAUCUACCAACAGAAAUCGUAUUCGAAAUUUUUGAUUACCUCUCAUCUAAUGAUAUUUUAUAUGGAUUUUUAAAUUUAAAUCAAAAGUACAAUUGUAUUUUAUUGGAACAUUACGCAGAUCUGAACAAGUUCGAAAUAUCUAUAAAAAAUAGUUGCUUUUUGCAAAGUAUUCUACCAAUUAUUCAAUCACGAGUAGAAUAUUUAACUAUUACUGAUAUUAAUUCUUGUUUCUCAUUAGAUUUAUUUCCUAAUCUCAAAUCAGUAAUUAUUUCCACUGCAUUUCCAAUUUACACGGAUGAAAUAACUUCAAUCACGACAAGUAACCAAUUCCGUAAAUUAACUACAUUGAAAAUUCAUAGUAAAAUUUUAAACCGAAACGUUUGGUCGGAUACAUUUUGCAUAUAUCAAGCCGUAUUUUAUCAUGAAAACGCCUUUAAAACAUUUGAACUUUCAUCAAACUUAGAUAUAAGAGUACUGGAAAAUGCUAUUAAUGUAAAUAUUCAAUCAUUAACAAUUCAGUUAUCAUAUAUUAGAAGUACACUAAUUCUAUUGGAAAAUACGCCGAAUUUAAAAUAUUUCGAUCUUACUUUAUCUUCAUUAUACCCUAUCGAUCCACUGAAAAAAGAGUUCGAUAUUACACAUAUUAAAUUAAAAAAACUACUCAUCACAUUAGGAAGCUCGAUUAAUGAAAAGAAUUUUCCUAUCAUAGCAUAUUUUAUUAAACAAUUUUCAAGUUCAUUAAUUCAUUUAUCAUUGAAUUUCAAUUCGAUUCAAUUGAAAGAAAAUCAAUUUGAUGGUUUUAUACUUCAACGACAAUUAUUAAAUUCGAUGACACAAUUGAAAAAUUUUCAUCUUCUUGUGACAUUCGAUAAAGAAAUAACAGAAAUCGAUACUCUACUAUCAACAUUUCAGAAUCAAUUUUGGUACGAUCAUCAUUGGAUAGUUGGUAUUCACAGACAACAUUUAUUUACAUUACCAUUUCAUUUUAAGAAACUGAACAAUUUUAUUGAUUUCGAUGAAAUUAAAUUAAGUAAUUUGAAAACGUCAUCAUUUUUAUCGGUAUGGCCACAUGUAACAUCGAUCGAUUUGUCUCAAUGUAACAAUCCGGAUUUAAAUUUAAUCAAACAAUUGAAAAUGAAUAUGCCUAAUUUAACAACAAUGAUCUUGAAUUCUGAAUUAAUAAAUAGUUUAGAUACAGAUGAAAAUGUAGCAUUAGAUAAUGUUAGUACUAUUCAUUGUAAAGGUGAAUAUCUUCAGAAUAUUAAGCAAUGGUUAAUUAAGAUUGUUCCGAACACAAAACAUUUAGUUUUAUCGUAUGAACCACAAUCUGCAACAUCUUCUUCAAAUCGAACAGUAUAUUUACAUAAACUUGAUGCCUAUUUUCGUGGUCAACGAACGACAAGAGAUUAUACUUAUUUUUUGAAUAUUCAACAUGUUGAAAUUAAAUUCAUUUUACACGAUGUUGAAGAUAUAUACAGACAUGUUUUACGUCUUGUUCGGGAAUUUUUGGAAAUGUUCAAGAAUUUGAAAUCUUUUAUAAUUGAAUUUCAUACGAAUUUUUCCAACUAUAACCGUAUACCAUUUGCAGAUUUAAACAAAAUGAUUGAAUUAUUAAAUAUGGAUAGAAUUUCGCAGAAAUAUCAUAUGAAACAUGUUUACAAUUAUAUUCAAUUUAUCAAAAAGACUUGA